GAAGAUGGCGGCGCCGGUGGCUCUGCCGCGGCAGCUGUCGUCGCUGUGAGGCGGUGCGGGACGGGACGGGACGGGACCGGACAGCGAGCGUGUGCACCCCGGCUGAGGGGAGGGCGCGGAGCGAGCCCCUCCUUCUGCUGCCGGUAACACCCUGCUCUCCCGCACAGACGCCAUGGAGGAUGAGGAGCGGCUGAAGAAGCUGGAGGCUGGGAAAGCCAAGCUUGCCCAGUUUAGGCAGCGGAAGGCACAAACUGAUGGUCAAAAUGGAUCAAAGAAGCAGAAAAAGAAGAAGAAAACAGCAAACAUCAAAGAUGAAGAAUCAAUACAAGAUGGGAUUGAAACUGAUCAGUCUCGAGGUGAUGAAAUGUCCACAUGCAGCAGUCGAAGGGGAGCAGCUGCCACUGCUGACUUUGCUAUUAUCAGGACUUUGCAUAGUGGAGAAAUUAUCAAACACACCCAGUCUUACACCAUUGAGCCGGAAAGUGAAAUUUCCACCACAGUGGAAGAUUACAGUUCUGAGGUAAAUGGUUGCAGUUUUGUGACAAGAACAGCUAUACCUGCAGACUUAAUCAGGGAAGAAGAAUUUGGAGUUGGAGACAUUCAUUCAGAGCAUGGAAUGCAGCACUCACAGACACAGCUAGAGGUGAUGGAGAAUCAGUUGGCUGGGAAACAACAAGAGAUUGAAGAAUUAAGCAGAGAGAUAGAAGAAAUGAGGGCAGCCUAUGGUACAGAAGGAUUGCAACAGCUGCAAGAAUUUGAAGCUGCAAUAAAAAAAAGAGAUGACAUUAUCACUCAACUCACUACUAACCUACAGCAGGCACGAAAAGAAAAGGAUGAAACCAUGAGGGAGUUCUUGGAGCUUACUGAGCAAAGUCAAAAACUGCAGAUUCAGUUUCAGCAUUUGCAGGCAAGUGAAGCCCUAAGGAACAGCAGCCAUAGUUGCACAGCUGCUGAUUUAUUGCAAGCCAAGCAACAGAUAAUUUCACAUCAGCAGCAGCUAGAAGAUCAAGAAUGUCUGCUUAAGAAUUAUCUAAAAAAGAAUGAAGAAUUUGAAAUGCAGAUUACACAUCUUCAAGAGAAAGUCAGGACAUAUGAACUGGAAAAACAGAAAAAAGAGGGGGAAGAUUUAAGUAAAUUACAAGAAAAAGAAGCAUUAGUUGAAGAGCUGGAAGCAAAACUUGGAGAAGAAGAAAAAAAUUCAUUUCAGUUAAAGGAAAAACUAUCAGAUGUCAGCAAAUUACUUGAAGAAUUGAGAGAAGAGAUUUCAAUAAGGAACCAGCAAAUUAGUAAUAUGAAAGCUGAACUUACCACCUACAAACAGAAAGAAAGACAAUGUUCUGAUGAAAUAAAACAGUUAAUGGGAACUGUGGAAGAACUGCAGAAACGAUGUUAUAAAGACAGCCAGUCUGAAGCUGACAUUGUGCAAAGAAUGGAAUUAGAAACACAGAGGAGACUGGCACAACUUCAGGCUGAAUUAGAUGAAAUGCACGGCCAGCAAAUUGUACAAAUGAAGCAAGAAUUAAUUAAGCAGCAUGCAGUGGAAAUAGAACGGUGUCUUUUGCAACAAAAAAUAGAAUUGGAGCAAACUUCAAGUCUUUGUUUUAAUGAGAAUGUUAAUAAAGAUCAAAUGCAUUUAAUGAACAUUAAAAUUAAUGAAUUGAAUAUGAAAUUGCAGGAUGCUGAUAAGGAAAGGGAAAAAAUAAAGCAAGAAUUGUCACAACAGAUGGAAGUUAUUGCAACAGAGAAGUCUCUUCAACAAACUAGAAUUGAAGAUCUUCUUCAAGAGCUGAAUUUUUCAAGAGACCAGGUUCAAAGAGCCAAACAAACUAUACUGGAUAUGGAAUGUAGAUUAAAUGAAGCAGAAAAAUACCAGUUUGUAAUUGAAGAUUUAAAAACUCAGCUCGCUUCUGCCUCUGAAUUUAGGAAGGAUUUGGAAUUAAAACAUGAGGCAGAAAUCACGAAUUACAAAAUAAAACUUGAAAUGCUAGAAAGGGAGAAGGAUGCAGUUUUGGACAGGAUGGCAGAAUCUCAAGAAGCAGAAUUAGAGAGACUGAGGACAAAUCUUUUGUUUAGUCAUGAAGAGGAACUUUCCAGGCUUAAAGAAGACCUAGAAAAAGAGCACAUGGUGAACAUGGAAAGCCUUAAACACAACUUGAAUGUACAGCAUAAACAGCAGUUAGACGAAGUACAGAAUGAAAUGAGUCAAAAGAUAGAAGCCAUGCAAUAUGAAAAGGACAACUUAAUCACAAAGCAAAAUCAGUUGAUUUUAGAGAUUACGAACCUGAAAGAUUUACAGCAGUCUAUUGUAAAUUCUAAAUCUGAAGAAAUGACACUUCAAAUCCAUGAACUGGAGAAGGAGAUUGAAGUGCUUAGGCAAGAGGAAAAAGAGAAGGGUACCCUUGAACAAGAAAUACAAGAGUUGCAGCUUAAAACUGAGUUGAUGCAGGAACAAAUGAGGGAGAAGGAAGAUACUCUUCAAAAAAAAUGUUCAGAACUAGAAACACAAAAUAAUGUUCUUAAGGGGGAAAAUAAAACGCUGGAAGAGAAAUUAAAAAAUAUGUUGGAAUGCUCUGAAGAAAACAUACUUCAUAACAGUAAUGUUAGCUCCAAGACAGAAAUUUUGGACUUGCAAAAAAGAAUAGAAAAGCUGAUUGCUGAAAAUGAGCAACUUAAAAACCAAAACAGUAUCCUCCAAGAGGAUACUGAAAGGCAGAAGAGUGCCUUUUCAUUGACUGAGAAAAAACUUGAAGCUAGUUAUAAAGAACUGCAGAAAGAAUGUGGAAGUCUUCUGAAGGCAAAAACUGAGUUAGAAGAGAACAAGAAAAAGCAGGAAGCUGAAUAUAAAAGCAAUCUCAAAGCUUUGAAUGAAAAAAUCUGCCACUUACAAAGCAAUAGAGCAGUUUCAUUUAAAACUAAACCCUCUGGUUUUGGAAGGAGUAAAGAAAUAAAGAUGUCCAGGGAAGACAUAUUUGAGGCUGGAGAAGUUGUUGAGAAAGAUGCAACAGAACUUAUGGAAAAGCUUCAGGUUACUCAGCGUGAGAAAGAGGAAUUAUCCCUGAGACUUUCUGAUCUCUCUGAACAGUUAAAGUCAAAGGAUACUGAAAUCUGUCAUUUAAAUGAAAAAGUCAAAUCCUUAAAAGAUGAGAAAGAGCAAAUUCUAGUAAAAUGUAAAGAACUAGAAGUCACAAUUAGUCAUGUUCAGAGAACAAAUAGUAGUAGAAAUGACUCUAAGAAAAGAUGCUCUAAAGGAAAAUCUCUAAAGACUGCUAUUCCAGCCUCUGAAAGUAGGAAUAAAUCCUCUGGUUCAAGGAGUAAAGCUGACGAAGGAAUAAUUUCAAGAGGUAAUCUAAGUUCUGGUAAAGACUGCAGCCAUGAGGUGACAAAAAGGAAGGGGGUCCAGCAAAUGCUGAAACCAGAAAAGCAGUCUGUUGUGGAACAUUUGCAUGGGAUGCCAGACAGGCUGACAGAAGAAACAUCAUUAACAUCCAUUACACAGAGUGAAAGUAACCUUCAGCAGCAAGUGGAUGCCUUAAAAUCAGAGCAGACUGAUUUACAACUACAAAUGGAAGCACAGCGGAUUUGCCUAUCCCUGGUUUAUUCAGCUCAUGUAGACCAGGUUUGUGAGUCCUUGAAGGCAGAAAAAGAGAGUGCACUUUGCAGUCUUAAGGAGGAGCUUGUGCAUAACCAUAUACAAGAGAUGACUGAUCUUAAAAGAAUGCAUCAGCUGGAGCUCCAGAGCCUGAAAUCUCAACAAGCAGAUGAUGAGUGGAAAUCUACACAAAGACUUAUAGAAAAACUGAGUGAAGCUGUCAAUGAGGAAUGUUCCAGGCUAGCUCAGGUUUUAUGUGACAGUCAGAAUGAACAUUCUUCAGCUGCUACAGAAGCUGGUGAUAGGGAACAGGAAAUUUUCUCUAAACCUGCUGUGAAAGAAAAACUGAGUAUAGAAUUACCAGUACACGGAGGUCAAGCUCAAGCUGUACAAGAACAUAUAGAUGCACUUCUCUGCAAGAUAAUGGAAGAGUACAGCAGGCUGAAGGCACUUCAAACACAGUUGAUGGCGGAAUGUAAACAGGUCAAGGAACCAAAGCUAUCUUCUUCAGAAAGGAGGAAAGAAGAGGAACCUAUCCAUAUGGAAAUAGGAAAGGAAAGUCUGCAGACUCCUUCACAGAAUCUAAUGGAUCCUACAAUUCAAGAUUACUGUUCAAAGGAGAUAGAUAACCUUAAAAAACAACUUGAGGAGCAGCAUGCUCAAGAACUGGAACACCUCCGGUCCUAUUUCCAACAGCAGCUGAAAGAAAGUCAGGAGAGGUACACUACAGAGCUUGUCCAUCUGCAGGAUAAGCUUCAGAUUGCUGGGGUAUCCUCUGACCACACAAGUGUAUCCACAGAUUCAGAAAGAAAGUUAAAAGAAGUCUUCAGGAAAGUAAAAAGCACGGAAAAUCUUCAUCAGAAAAAAACAGAUAAUGCAUUAGAGCUUGGUAGGGAGAUGGAAACGCAGAAUGAUCUGGAUGUUGUUCAAUUACUCCAAAAGCAGUACCAAGAAAGAUUAGAAGAAGAAGUAGCAAAGGUUAUUGUGUCAAUGAGUGUAGCAUUUGCGAAACAGACUGAAUUGUCAGGAAUUGCUAGGCAGAAGGAAGAAGAAGCACCAACACAGAUUGUACAUCCAGAGAGAAUACCUUUUGGAAUUAAGAAACAGCACAGUGAGGAAGAGGUUGACAGCCUUCCCAGAAAAGCAACUGGAAAAGGCAGUGAGAAUGAAGGAUUGAAAUCACUUUGCAAGGAACUCAGUGAAGAGUCUGGAGAGAUCAACUCACUUGGAGAACAGCUUCAUUCUGACAGCAGCCCUGUUUGCAUAUUAGGACAGACAACAAAUAAGUCAGUGAUUUCUGAAGAACUUAGCAAAGGUCUUACAGCAGAAGAAAUACCAGUAAGUGCGGUGGCUGCAGACACAGCCACAGAAAGAUGCAGUCAGCUGCUGUUGUACGAGGAGCGCUUGGAGGACAUGCGGCAGGAGCUCGUGCGGCAGUACCAGGAGCAUCAGCAGGCGACCGAGCGGCUGAGACAGGGGCACAUGCAGCAAAUGGAGCGUCAGAAAGAAAGUCAGGAUCAACUCUUAGCAGAGCUGGAGAGUCUUAAAGUGCAAUUAGCUGAGCGUGUCUCAAUGGAGAAUGACAGCCUGGUUGCAGAGAGAGAGAGAAUGCUUUUAGAAGAACUGGAAUCAUUAAAACAACAUUCUGUACCCGGAAAAGAGAGGCUGUAUUGUGAGUUACGAAACAGCAGCACGCAGACAGAGAGUGAAAAUGAAAAUCGAAAUGAUGGAAGAGAGCAGAUCUUUGAGCAUGAAGAUGGGGAAAGAAAGCCUGAUGAAACACCUUCAGCUCUUCUUUCUAAAGAAAGGCACGUUUUUCAAAAGGCUAAUGAAAAACUCGUGAAGAUUCUUUUAGAAGUUGUGAAGACAACUGUAGCAAUGGAGGAGACAAUUGGUCAGCAUGUUCUUGGGCUACUGGAUCGGUCUGGGAAAGUCCAGGCUUCCAAACAAGCUGGAUGGGACACUGAGGCAGAGGAGUCAAUAAAACCCUGCAUCCGUGUGGGGUAUGAAAAAGAGUCCUGUUCCUUAUAUCAUGGUAGUAGUAUGGGAGAUGAGGAUAUUAAUAUGUGGUCAGGAGCAGCAGGUGAAGGACUGCUGAGCCAACAUCUUGCAGAAAGUGGGAUGGAAAUAGAUCCUGAAAAUGAAGAGCUCAUUCUGAAUAUUAGUUCUCGACUGCAGGCGGCUGUUGAAAAGCUUCUGGAAGCUAUCAGUGAAACUUCAAAUCAGCUUGAACAUGCUAAAAUUACUCAGACAGAGCUCAUGCGAGAGUCCUUCAAGAAGCAGCAAGAAGCCACAGAAUUUAUCAGGUAUCAGGAAGAGCUACAAGAACGUCUCAAUGAGGAAGCCAAAGCUAGAGAGCAGUUGGCUUUGGAGCUUAGUAAAGCUGAAAGCCUCAUUGAUGGUUAUGCAGAUGAAAAAGCAUUUCUGGAAAAACAACUCCAGGAAAAAAUAGAUGUAAUUGACCAUCUAGAGCAAGAGCUGCUGUGUACAGGUAACAAAUUGCAGGAGUUAGAGGCUGAACAGCAGCAGGUCCAGGAAGAAAAGGAAUUACUCUCCAGACAGAAGGACGCCAUGAGAGCAGAGGCGGGGCCAGUAGAGCAGCAAUUACUGGAGGAAACAGAAAAGUUAAUGAAGGAAAAAAUUGAAGUACAACGUCAAGCUGAAAAAGAGUAUGAUGACCUUCAGAAGCAAGUUAAAGUCUUGGAAAUAGACUUGGAAGAACAGGUCAAUCGUUUCAUAGAGCUAGAACAAGAGAAAAAUGCAGAACUAAUGGACUUAAGGCAGCAAAACCAGGCCUUGGAGAAGCAACUGGAGAAAACAAGAAAAUUUCUAGAUGAGCAAGCAAUUGACCGAGAACAUGAGAGAGAUGUAUUCCAGCAAGAGAUACAGAAGCUGGAGCAGCAGCUUAAGGUUCCACAAAGGAGUCAGCCUGUCAAUGAACAUCAAACCAGAGAGGUUGAACAGUUAACAAAUCAUCUCAAAGAAAAAACAGACAAAUGCAGUGAGCUUUUGCUCUCUAAGGAGCAGCUUCAGAGAGAUAUACAAGAACGAAAUGAAGAAAUUGAGAAGCUAGAAUGCAGGAUAAGAGAACUUGAACAAGCCUUAAUCAUCAGUGCAGACCACUUGCAAAAGGUGGAGGAAAGGAAACAGUUUGGCACCAUCACAAUAAAGGGAGAGUUACCUCUUGAAGUACAACUGCAAGCUGAACGAGAAGCUGUGGACAGAAAGGAAAAGGAGGUCACGAACCUUGAGGAGCAACUGGAGCAGUUUCGAGAGGAGCUAGAAAAUAAAAAUGAAGAAGUUCAGCAGUUGCACAUGCAGCUAGAAAUUCAGCGAAAGGAGUCCACUACACACUUGCAGGAACUUGAACAAGAGAACAAAUUAUUUAAGGAUGAAAUGGAAAUACUAGGACUAGCUAUCCAGAAAUCUGAAGAUGCUGCCAUAAAGGACCAUCAUUUAGUGGCUGGGAGGCUCGCUCACAUCAUGCAAGAAAAGGAUCAGGAAAUAUAUCAUCUUCAUGAACAAAUAGCAAAACUGCAACAGCAACUUGAAGCCACAGCUGACAACAAGGUUAUUGAAGAGCAAAAUGAGCAUAUACGGGAGCUCGAAGCCCAGGUGGAAUGUCUGAAAAGUGAUCAAGAACGUGUGAAGAAAAAAAACGAUGAGGAAGUAGAGCAGUUGAAUGAUGUAAUUGAUAAGCUUCAGCAAGAGCUGGCAAUUAUUGAACAAAAGAUGCCAACAGACAUUGCUGGUUUUCAAGAAGAUGCUGACAGUCCAAAACACAUACUUGAAGCAGUUUUGGCAGAAAAGGAAGCUUUGGAAAAGCAAGUAGAAAAUAUAAAUGCAGAGGCAUCUCAAACAAAGAAUGAGCUUGAGGAAACAAAGUUAAAAAUGAGCCAGUUAAAGCAAGAAGUAACUAUGUUGAAAAAAGAGCAUGAAAGAAUAACAGAGAAAUAUAAGUGUGCACUGGUCCAAGGUGAUAAGUCAAAACCAGAAGACAGGAGCAAUGGAAAAACUGAACAAAUGGGGGGAGGCUUAUGUCAGGAGAUAGACUUGCUAGAUCAGUCCCAGCUUAAGACUUCAGAUGAGAAUGCAAGAGUCACCAUUAGCAAGAUGGAAAUACAACUGCAGCAACUUCAGGCAUGCAUUAAGCAAAAAGAUUCAGAACUGUGCCAGUGCUACAAUGAAAUAAAAGACAUGAAAGAGCAAAGCAAAGCUGAAAAAGAAACACUUAAAAAGAGGAUAUUAGAACUGGAAAAGACACUAAUGGAGAAAGUUGCUGCUGCUCUUGUGAGUCAGGUUCAGCUAAAUGCAGUUCAAGAGCAGAGAAGAUUCAUGCAGGAAAUUCAGGAAGCUUCAAGAUGUGUGGAUGAAGCAAACAAGAAUGCCCAAACAGAGGGUUUGAGUGACAGAACUGAAAAUGAGACAGAAUCAAAAUUAUCACUCCUAACACAGAGGCUUAGUGAGAUGGAAGACCAGCUGGCAAUGGUAAAUCAUAGCUUGGAGCUAGAAAAAGAAAAUGUGAAAGUUGCCCAAAAGGAAGCUACAGUGAAAGAAGAGAGGUUCUUAGAGCUUCAGCAAUUGUUAGAAGAGGUUAAAGAAAAACAUGAGGAGGAGAUUCAGAAAUAUAUUAAGCAAGAACAAAUGUGGACAUAUCAGGUAGAAGCACAGCUCAUGGAAAGUCAAAAAGAAAAAGUUCUUAUAACUGAACUUGAACAAAUGAAAGAAGAGGCAGCUGCUGCUAAGGAAGAACUGAGCAGUUACAGAGAAAAGGCAGAAAAACUUCAGCAAGAACUAGCAGUAAAAGAGGCAAGUCUGAGACACCUUCAGGAAGACCUGUGCAAAGUCAAAGAGCACCUGGUUCAAGCAGAAGACAGGCUUGCAAGCUACCUGAGAAAGGACAAAGAAAUGGUGAAAACUGAAAGCAAGAAGGAUGUAGAAAUAUCAUGUGAUUUGUCAACCAGUGAUUCUACUCUAACUGGAAACAGCUCCCCAUCACAAACAGACAAGAGUGUGGAAAUGUCACCCACCCUUGUUAAAAAUUCAGAAAUGCAAACUGAUUUGCAGAAUGGAUGCUCUUCAGAAGAGAUUGCAGAGAUUGUAAGAGAAUUUACUGAAAAAAUCGACCAAAUGCAGGAGCUCCACGCUGCUGAAAUCAUGGACAUGGAGACAAGGCAUAUUGCUGAAUCUGAAGCAUUAAAGAGAGAGAAGUUUGUUGCAGUACAAGUACUGACUGAAGAAUGUAAUACUCUGAAGGAAGUGUUAGAAACUCUGCAAGCCAAAGAAAGAAUCCCAGUUUCUGGAUUAGCACCUUCUCCACCACAUCAAGCUAGAGAUGGAGGUUCUAGUGACUCCAGUUCAGACUGGAGUCAAGGAAUGUAUCUUGCUCAGACCCAGGGAUCUGACACGAUAUCCGAAGGAAUAGAUGAAGGUGAAACUUCAACAGAUUUACUUCCAAAAAAAAUUAAGGGUUUGCUGAGAGCAGUCCAUCAUGAAGGCAUACAGGUGCUGUCUCUCACUGAAUUUCCAUAUAGUGAAAAAGAUCAGUCACCUCAUAAGGAAGAGCCAGAAUCUUGGCUAGAAGAAAGAAAAGCUUUCCUAAGCACCAUCUCAUCUUUGAAAGACCUAAUUGCAAAAAUGCAAGUUCACAGAGAAGCUGAGAUCUGUGCAAGUACUGAAUCUCCUGAAGGUGUCUCAGACUGGCGAGGGGAACUUCUGCAUGCCAUUCAACAGCUUUUUGUGAGGGAACAAAAUGUUCUCGUUGCUGCAUUUCAAACUGAACUUGCAGAAAUGGGCACAAGAGAUGCAGUGAUGUUGAUGAAUCAGUUAGAGCACAGACUACAAGAGCAGGCUACUAACGAGAGAGCAGCAAUGGACUGUCUUCAGAAUGCAGACAGAAGAAGUCUGCUGAUGGAGAUUCAAGUAUUACAUGCUCAGAUGAACAGUAAGAAAAGUAACCCAAAGAGAGAACAAGAGAUUGACUCAAAAAGCCAAGAAAUGAUGGAGUAUAAUAUGCAGCAGAAGCAGUUGCAAAUUCUGGAGAUGCAAGUGGAGCUCCGGAGUAUGAAGGACAGAGCAGCAGACCUUCAGGAGCAGCUGAAUUCAGAGAGGAUGAUGGGCGCAGAGCUGAAGAAUGAACUUGCACAAGCCAAGCUAGAGCUUGAAGCAACCCUUAAAGCACAGCACAAGCACUUCAAGGACCUAGAAACCAUCAGGAUUGAAGUUAAAGAAAAAGCAGCUGAGCUGGAUAUUCUUAAGGAUACAAUGGCCAAUGAACAGAAAAAAUCAAGAGAGCUACAGUGGGCUUUGGAAAAAGAAAAAGCUAAAAUGGAACGCACUGAGGAAAGAGGAAGAGAAGAGCUUGAGGACUUAAAAUUCUCUCUUGAAGAUCAAAAACAAAAGAACUUAGAGUUAAGCAAACUUCUGGAGCAAGAGAAACAGCUGUCAAGUGAUCUGCAACAGAAAAUUGAAUCCCAAGAAGCACUCAGUGCUGCCCAGCUGUCACGUGAGCGAGGCCGUAAUUCUGAGUUGCAGGUGCUUCUUGAAUCAGAGAAGGUUCGAGCUCUCGAAAUAAGCAGUGCCCUGGAAAGGGAAAAAGAGCUGUGUGCUCAGCUUCAAAGUGCUGAAGAUAAGGGGCAAGCUGGAACACCUAAUCCAUCUGAGGAAUUGCUUAAAGAGCUACAGAAGCAAAUGGAUGAAAAGCAUGACCGUAUAGUGGAGUUAGUAAGUGAGAUGGAGAAGUAUAAACUGGAAUCUGUGCAAGCGAGACAGCAAAUGGAAAAAGAAAGGCAGAUCCAGAGGCAAGCAUUACAAGCAGAACAAGAUGCUAACGUAAUAGUACAGAAGAAACUCCAUGAACUGGAGUCCAAAGUAGAAGACCUGCAGUGGCAACUUGGAGAAAAGAAGCAAGAAGUUCAUAAAUUAGGGAAUGAAACAAAGAAGUUGCAGGAAAUAAUCCAAGAUCUACAGAAAAAAGAGCAGGAGGAUGAAGGAAGAAAGGAAGCUGAAAGGACACCAAGCCACAACCCAAAUGAGACUACCUGGCAUACACCCAAUGACAGAACAAGAAAUUGGGUUCUCCAGCAAAAGAUGGAAGGAGCUGAGACAAAUGAGUUGACUUACCGCACACUGACAGGAGAUCUCUCUGCUGCUACUGAAAUUCUGGAAAAAGUCAGGCAAAAGCUGCAAAAUGCAUCUCCAAAGCUGAAGCAGUUGGCUUGGAAAGCUGCUAGCAGAUUGCAGUUUGAAACAGCAGAUGAUCAAGACUUCAUUGCAGUACAAAAUGCUAUUGAAGAAGUUAUUUCAGAACUGAAAAUACUGCCUGGAUUGUCCAGUCUGGAAGAGGUGAGACUGGUGCUGCCGCCAGGGACUCCGUCCAGCUCACUGACUGAGAGGCUGCUGAGGCAAAAUGCUGAGCUGACAGGCUUUGUCAGCAGACUGAGUGAAGAGAAGAAUAACUUGAGGAAUGCUGUUAUGAAACUGGAGGAAGAACUGAGAAGAUACCAGCAUAGACAACCUUCUGGAGACUAUUCUUCUAGGCAAUCAGAUGUUGGAGUUAAUAUUGAUACUCUUGUUGCUUCUGAGAAGGAAAUUUGGAACAGGGAAAGGCUGUCGCUGCAGAAAUCUUUGAAACAAGCCGAUGCAGAACUCUCCAAGCUGAGAGCAGAGCUCAGGAGUGAGGCUUUCCUCAGAGAACUAGGAUCAGAUACUGAAAAUGCUGUUUUGAGGAGAAUUUAUGGCAAAUACCUACGAGCAGAGAGCUUUCGGAAAGCUCUCAUAUAUCAGAAAAAAUAUUUGCUGCUGUUACUAGGAGGAUUCCAGGAGUGUGAAGAAGCCACGCUGGCCCUCAUAGCACGCAUGGGAGGACAGCCUUCCUACACAGACCUUGAAAUCAUCACACAUCAUUCAAAGGGUUUUACACGAUUUCGCUCUGCAGUCAGAGUGUCCAUUGCAAUUUCAAGAAUGAAGUUCCUGGUUCGUCGAUGGCAGAGAGUUACAGGUUCUGGUAUUCUGACUAUCAAUAAAGAUGCCUUUAGCCAGAACACAGGUAAUGAGUUACGACCUGAUUCAUUCUCUGGUGGCAUGGAUCUUUAUGGAGAACAGAGACAUUCCUAUAGAUCCAGGUCAGGCAUGGAAUCUCCUAGAUCUCCUAUAAGCUUUCAACAUAAGCUCCAUGGGAUGCAUGCUGAUUUAAACCCAGUGUCCUUCACCUGUCCUCAGCUGCAGAACUACGAUCCUGAAAGGGCUCUGACAGAUUACAUCAAUCGUCUGGAGGCACUGCAGAAGCGGCUCGGCAGCGUGCAGUCAGGUUCAACUUCAUACACUCAGUUGCAUAUGGGUAUAAGAAGAUAAUAAUGCCCUUCAACAUCUCCAUCACUGGCAGUGAUGCUAACAGAUUGCCUUCUGUAAAUCUGUGCUCUUUCUGUGCUUUUGUAUAAUGUGUAUAUUGUGGGACCAAUAUGAACACAGCUGUACGAUUGUAUACAGUUCCAUCCUGGCACACCCACAGAGACUGGGAUUUACGGAUGUAGGCACUUUGUGUUUAUGAAAAAAAAAAAAAUCUGAACAAAAAAAAUCCCCAAACAAAACCACCCCUGAACCCAAAACAACCCCCCCACCAUUAAAUUACAUGUAUAUUUGUGGAAUGCUAAUUUAAAUGAUUAACUUAUGAAGUGUGUAUUUAUCAAAAGGGUGCAAAGAUGAAACUUGUGUAUUAAUUAAAUUGAGCUACAUUCAGCAAAGUUUACUUGCACUUUUUCUGGCAAGGCUACUGAAGUUACAUUGACUCUCCUAAUCUUUGCUACUGGCAGUGCAGACAGAAUAUCACUUGUAGAGACCUAUUUUUGUAAUGGUAGAAGUUUUGAAUUUUAUGGGUAUUUUGUCAAAGUACUGAAAUAAACAUGACUUCAUGCUUCUAA